AAUUUUACUAAAACAGCGGGAUGGCCAGGAUUGCGCAAAGAAAUCAGCAUCGUACCUCUAAAAAACGGUCCAUGCGGCUAGUCUAAUUAUAUCGGAAUAACAUGACAAUUUUCUAUCGAAUUAGGUUCGAUUGGAGUGUUGUAUUCCCUUUCAUUGCCGAUGUGUAGGAAGUACGCAUGCUCGUAGAUGGAGACGUACAUCGUUGUUGACAUUCUUGAAAAUAUUUAAAGAAAGUCAACGAUACCUUUGAUUAUUUAAUAAAUAAUGAAAUUACACGUAAAUAGGAGAUAAUGUACAUAUCCUUAAUUUUUAAGAAAUGACUUUACUUUUAUUCAAAUUGCUCUUUUUAUUGGUUAGCAAAUUAUUGGUUGUAAGUGAUAGGAAAACAUUUAUUUUUAACAUCAAUAGAAUUCUCAGAUAUUGGAUUUGAUAAAAGAAUGGGGGAAAUUCUUCAUACUGAUUUAGAAUGUCCACCUUCUCCAGCUCGUCUUGAAUAUACUUCAGAAAAACAUCCUAGACAUACAUUAGAAGCCAUUAAUUUGUUACAUAAACAUAGAGAAUUAUGUGAUGUUGUACUUAUAGUUGGUGCUCGAAAAAUAUUUGCUCAUAGAGUUAUUCUUUCAGCUUGUUCACCAUAUUUUCAUGCCAUGUUUACAGGAGAAUUAGCAGAGAGUAGACAGACAGAGGUAACUAUUCGUGACAUUGAUGAACAUGCAAUGGAAUUAUUAAUUGACUUUGCAUAUACUUCUCAUAUUGUUGUUGAAGAGAACAAUGUGCAAGUAUUACUUCCUGCAGCUUGUCUUCUGCAAAUGGUAGAAAUACAAGAAGUUUGUUGUGAGUUCCUGAAACGACAACUUGAUCCCUCCAAUUGUCUUGGAAUAAGAGCCUUUGCAGAUACUCAUUCCUGUCGUGAACUUUUACGCAUUGCUGACAAAUUUACACAGCAUAAUUUCCAAGAGGUUAUGGAAAGUGAAGAAUUUUUACUCUUGCCUGUAAACCAAUUAAUUGACAUUAUAUCAAGUGAUGAACUGAAUGUCCGUAGUGAAGAACAGGUAUUCAGUUCAGUCAUGUCAUGGGUAAAAUAUAAUGUUACUGAAAGACAUCAACAUUUAGCACAGGUAUUGCAACAUGUCCGUUUGCCACUUCUUAGCCCAAAAUUUCUUGUGGGAACAGUUGGUUCUGAGGCAUUAAUCAAAAGAGAUGAAGCAUGUCGAGAUUUAGUAGAUGAAGCAAAAAAUUAUCUUCUUCUUCCUCAAGAACGUCCAUUGAUGCAGGGUCCAAGAACUAGACCUCGUAAACCUGUACGUAGAGGAGAAGUUCUCUUUGCAGUUGGUGGUUGGUGUAGUGGAGAUGCCAUAGCUAGUGUAGAAAGAUAUGAUCCACAGACAAAUGAAUGGCGUAUGGCUGCUCCAAUGAGUAAGAGAAGAUGUGGUGUAGGUGUUGCAGUUCUAAAUGAUUUACUUUAUGCUGUAGGUGGACAUGAUGGCCAGUCUUAUUUGAAUAGCAUUGAAAGGUAUGAUCCACAAACAAAUCAGUGGAGCUGUGAUGUUGAACCAACUAGUUCUUGUCGAACAAGUGUUGGUGUAGCAGUUCUUGAUGGUUAUCUUUAUGCUGUUGGGGGUCAAGAUGGUGUUUCCUGUCUUAAUUUUGUAGAACGAUAUGACCCACAGACCAAUAGGUGGACUAAAGUUGCACCAAUGAGUACCAAGCGAUUAGGUGUUGCAGUUUCUGUGCUAGGAGGUUAUUUAUAUGCAAUAGGUGGCUCCGAUGGUACUUCCCCAUUAAAUUCAGUGGAAAGAUUUGAUCCAAGAAGUAACCGUUGGAGUUGUGUGGCAUCAAUGGGUACAAGGAGGAAGCAUCUAGGAUGUUCUGUGUACAAUAAUAUGAUUUAUGCUGUUGGAGGAAGAGAUGAUACUACUGAACUCAGUAGUGCUGAAAGAUAUAAUCCUCAGACCAAUCAGUGGCAACCAAUUGUUGCUAUGACAUCCCGUCGUUCAGGAGUAGGCCUUGCUGUAGUCAAUGGUUUGCUUUAUGCUGUUGGUGGUUUUGAUGGAACCUCAUAUCUCAAAACAAUUGAAGUAUACGAUCCAGAACAGAAUCAAUGGCGUCUUUGUGGUAGUAUGAACUACAGGCGACUUGGAGGAGGUGUAGGUGUAGUCAGAUUGCCUCAUCAUGAAACUCAUUAUUGGUGAUAUAAGAAAUGUGUUCAGGCCAGGAAUGGGUUAAAAUUUGAAUCAGUUUAUCUGUUAGCAUAUCAAUGCAAGAAUGGUAUUAUUUACAAAUGAUUCCAGACUUAAUGAAAUUUUAUCAAAACUAAAGUUGUCCAAAAUCCUGCUGGAAAAUUCUUUUACAUGAAUUUGAAUAUUCCAUCGAUGAAAUACAGUAAUUAUAAAUAAUAUCCAACUACUUCAAUAUUCAAUGCUUAAUAUUCAGAAAGAAUUAUUUAACAUUUUCUGUAUAUUGAGAUAUUUCACUCUUUAAACUCUUCUUGUAAAAUAAAUUUAAUAGGUCCUGCCAAAAAUAGAUGUAAAUUAACUGAUCUUACAAUUAAUAUAUAUAUAUAUAUAGGACAAUUUAAUUCUGCUCAUGUUUUUUAAUUUGACAUAUUUGAUAAAGUUAUUUGAGAAAGUUUAUUCACUAAUGGAUUAUUUAAGAAUUUUAAUUUAAAAGAAGUUUUCUAAUAUUGUAAAAAUAUUUGUGUAUAUUUUACUUAGU